CCUCUCUAUAAAUAUGACUUUUAGUCGACAAUAUCCUUAAAACCAACACGUGUUUGCCCUUUUUAGAAAAACAAAAAGACUCUAGAAAGACCCAUAUAGAGUAAAAAAUGUCAUCGGUGCCUGUGAAGGGGGCCACAAGAGGCGGCGAUGGUGGUAGAAACAGGUGGUGUCCAACUCCAGAGCAGGUGAUGUUGUUAGAAAGAAUGUACAGAGGCGGUCUGAAAACUCCAUCGGCAACUCAGAUACAGCAAAUCACAGAAAGACUAUCAAUUUACGGCAAAAUUCAAGGCAAAAAUGUCUUCUACUGGUUUCAAAAUCACAAAGCUCGUGACCGACAAAAGCUUCGAAAGAAACUCAUGACGUUGUACCAACAGCAUCGCCUCUACCCUUCUCAUGAUCAACCCUCUCUUCCUUUUCAUCAGGUUAGUGGAGUUGAAGAGGAAUCAAGCUGUAUAACGUUAGUCAACAACUGGACGAGGGAUCUCCCAUCUUCUCAAACCUGCAACCUCAUGUGCGAUUGCCCACUGGUGACUAUGAUGAUGAUGGAUCGUCAUGGUACCACUCCAUGUUGCACAAGAGUACCACCCAAAACCCUACAACUCUUCCCGGUCACCACCACCACGAGUACUCUUGAUGUCAAAGAAGAUGAUCAGUUCAGCAAUCCGUAGUCCAAUUUUGACUUAUGUUAUCUUUGUUUUAAGUGUUAAUUAAAAGCUUUGGUGGUCUGAAAGAUUAAAAGUAGUUAGGGUAUCGAUGCUAGGGUUAGGUUUAAUUAGGGCUAGGGUUUAAGAAUAAGUUGUGGGUUUCUGUUAUGUCGCCAGUCCGUUGCAUGGCAGGGCAUGCAUACUGGUAAUAUCAAUAAAGAACGAUGAAAUAUCUAAAAUGCCUAAUAAGCUACCAUUCAGUAUGUGAUUCUUGAUGAAAAUUGAAGUGCCUUUUCGCAAUCUUGGAGUAAGCAUGCACUGCGAUCGGAAAACCAUCUAUCUUUCUUUUGGUGGUUUUACGUCUGUUGUGUGUGUG